CUCUCACUGAACCUCCGCAGAAAUACAGGAACAUCCAAAUUGAAUCUCAAGCUCAAGCUUUGAGCUCUCUCAAUCAGUCUCGUUCUUUACACAUACACACACGAACAUAGUUUCCAUUUUCAAACCAAAGUUCCUGGUUCAUUUGUUGUGUUCUUCUAUGCAUUGUGUCAAGCUAAAUCAUACCCAGCUGAUCAAAAUCAUACAGUUGAAGGGGUUCAUCUUGGAAUUAUGAUUCUUGUUGUGGUGGCAUUGCUUCUGUGUGUCUUUUUAGGAGCUUUCGCUCUGAUCCCAUCUGGGAAUACAAAAAACGUAAAGUCAAAUUCUAAAGCUGAGAAGACAGCCAAGAUAUACACUAAAGCUGAGGUUGCUUUGCAUAAUAAACGAACAGAUUGUUGGGUGAUUAUCAAAAACAAGGUGUAUGACCUCACACCAUAUGUAGAGGUACACCCGGGUGGUGAUGCCAUCCUCACACAUGCUGGGGAUGAUUCAACUGUUGGGUUUUAUGGGCCACAGCAUGCUAGCCUAGUCUAUGACAUGGUUCAUGAAUUCUAUAUUGGCGAUCUGGAGCCUGAAGUUGCUGUAACUAGUUAGUCAUUACUCGUUAGGCAGUAAAAUCACUAGGAAAUGUACUACUCUUUUAGCCACUGGCAUUCUUUCUGUGUAUUCAAACAAUUUCUACUUGGUUUCUCCAUUGCCUUUAUCACUUGUUUGCAGAGUCUGCUUAGUGAAUCUAAUGUUUCUCGCAUGAAAGCC